CACGCUGCUACGAGCCAGCAGGCGGAGAGGAACGGCAUCUAAAAACCGACUUGGAAAAACUACUUAGCGAACUCCUAGUCGUGGCCUUAAGGGGGCACCAGCAUGAGCCAGGAGACGCUGGAGUCUGAUGGAGACUCUGCUCAGGAUGUGCCUGACUUUAACUGGGAUGAUUACCUGGAGGAGACCGGAGCCGUGUCUGUGCCCCAUCACAGCUUCAAACAUGUGGACCAGGGCCUGCAGACAGGACUGACCCCUGGCAUGAAGCUGGAGGUCUGCGUGCGCUCGGAGGCCGACAACCCUUACUGGGUGGCCAACAUCAUCACCACGUGUGGCCAACUGCUGCUGCUACGCUAUGAGGGAUACCAGGACGACCGCCGUGCCGACUUCUGGUGUGACAUCAUGACGGCGGACCUCCACCCUUUGGGCUGGAGCCGGCAGCACGGCAAGAGCAUGAGGCCCCCUGAGGGUGUGCGUGAGAAGCAUCAGGACUGGGAGGCUCUGCUGGAAAAGGCCUUGGCGGAGGAGUGCAGCGCGCCUGCCAACCUGCUGGAAUUGCCCCAGUGUGGUCGAGACCCGGUGGAGCUUCUGUGUGCGGGCUGCUAUGUGGAGCUCCAGGAUGGUGUUGACCCGGGGCUGGCCUGGGCUGCUGAGGUGGAGGAGAACGUUGGAGGAAGGCUGAAGCUCCGCCUUGUAGGCACCGAAGGCCUCCCAGACACACCCGCAACCCUCUGGCUCUUUUAUCUCCACCCACGCCUCCACCCACCCGGCUGGGCCAAAGAGCACGGCUGCACCCUCAGGCCUCCUUCAGACCUAUUGGCACUGCGGACUAAGGAGGAGUGGGAGGAGGUGAGACAGAGGAUCAGUGAUCUGCCUCAGGAUGAAGCUCUGACUGCAGAGUUCACAAAGGAUCAGCCUGCCAUUUCUGCUCAUUGUUUCAAGGAAGGGAUGAAACUGGAGGCUGUUGACCCUGCUGCUCCUAUUUCCAUCAGGCCCGCCACUAUCACCAAGGUGUUCAAUGAGCAGCACUUCCUCGUGACCAUGGACGACCUCUGUGGUAUUGAGGAGUCGGAGGGUGCUGGCCGGUCCUUCCUUUGUCACAAAGACAGUCCAGGGAUCUUCCCUGCUCAGUGGAGCCUCAAAAAUGGGCUCCCCCUCAGCCCCCCACCAGGAUAUCAAGGUCCAGACUUUGACUGGGCAGAUUACCUGAAACAAUGUGAGGCCGAGGCAGCUCCUCAGCAUUGCUUUCCAAAUGAGCAAUGUGACCACAGCUUCAAAGAGGCCAUGAAACUCGAGGCUGUCAACCUGCUGUCACCUGAGCACAUUCACGUGGCUACAGUCACCAGGGUCAAAGGGCAAUACGUUUGGCUCAGCCUGGAAGGGCUGAAGCAGCCCAUGCCAGAGUUAAUAGUUCAUGUGGACUCCCUCGACAUCUUCCCCGUCAGCUGGUGUGAAACAAACGGCUAUCCACUCGUCUACCCCAUCAAGCCCUCAGUUGAGAAAGAGAGGAAGAUUGCUGUGGUGCAGCCAGAGAAACAUCGAACUCCACCCAAGUCUUCGUCACCUGACACCGUCAAGCAGCAGGUGGCAAACCAGUCCGAGACGGGGCAGGGCAACGGGAAGUACUGCUGUCCCAAAAUCUACUUCAACCAUCGUUGUUUCUCAGGGCCUUAUCUUAACAAGGGACGCAUCGCUGAGCUGCCUCAGUUCAUCGGCCCUGGGAACUGUGUCCUUGUGCUCAAAGAGGUAUUAACUCUGCUGAUAAACUCGGCAUACAAGCCCAGCCGUGUGCUGAGGGAGCUGCAGCUGGACCAGGAGAGCCGCUGGCAAGGCCACGGAGAGACACUCAAAGCCAAGUACAAGGGAAAGAGUUACCGAGCCACUGUGGAAAUUGUUCGAACUGCAGACCGUGUGGCAGACUUCUGCAGGAAAACGUGCAUUAAGUUAGAGUGCUGCCCCAAUUUGUUUGGACCUCGCAUGGUUCUGGAGCGCUGCUCGGAGAACUGCUCUGUCCUCACCAAGACCAAAUAUACAUAUUACUAUGGAAAGAAGAAGAGUAAACGUGUUGGCCGCCCACCAGGGGGCCAUUCCAAUCUGGAAGGUGGAGUGAAGAGAAGAGGGAGAAGGAGGAAGAGGAGGAAGCAGCUCUUUGUCCAUAAGAAGAGACGGUCUUCAGCCUCCGUAGACAACACACCUGCUGGGUCUCCACAGGGCAGUGGAGAGGAAGAAGAUUUAGACGAAGAUGACUCCUUGAGUGAAGACUCUGGCUCUGAGUUGCAAGACGAUCUCCAGGAUGAUUCCGAACAGUCGAUUGGGAAAUCUCAGCCCACCACUCCAUCCCCCUCCCCGCCGGCAACACCCAGGCCGACACGUAGACGCCGGAAACCGCGCUCACCUUCGUUCUCUGAUGAUGAGAACCGCCCGCCAUCACCAAAGACGUCAAAGGCUGAGCCUCCUCAGAAGCUGUGUUUGGACACCAGUCCCCUGGAGUGGAGCGUUACUGAUGUGGUUCGCUUCAUCAGGACCACUGACUGUGCACCUCUUGCAAGGAUUUUCUUGGAUCAGGAGAUCGACGGACAGGCGCUGCUGCUGCUGAACCUCCCGACAGUGCAGGAGUGCAUGGACCUGAAGCUGGGACCGGCCAUCAAGCUGUGCCACCACAUUGAGAGGGUCAAGCUGGCAUUUUAUCAGCAGUUUGCCACGUAGCUGACGGAGAAAGAACAUGGGACGCGACUGCAUCCUGUUCUUUGAAUUAAUCCUGUGAAAAACAAUGUAUUUUCCCAUUUUGACUUUUCUAACACUGGACAUCCUUUAGAAUCUUACAUAUACCACAUCCUAUCGGACAGGCGUGGACAUAAAACAGGCAAAGCAACAUGUCCCGAUCCUCGAAAAAAAAGAGCAAAGAAGAAGAGGAUCAAAAACACUUGAUGUGCUCUUUCAGAAAGACAAAAGGAGAAGACUGAAUCAAAGUAGUUCAAGGCACUUUGAAGACACAAAUAAGUGUAAAUCAUAGAUAAGCAUAGAUGCUGUAAUUCAAUACAGCAUAUUUUGAUGUACAAUUCAACCAUCAUCAAGGACUUUCUUUCAAGUUGAAACAGGUUAGUUUAUAGCCAUGUUCUAAUAAAGCUUUUAAACUUAUUUGUGUCUUUAAAGUUUCUACUGUUAUUUUUUUCCUUCGACAACAGUAACUGAGCACCACUGCUACAACUCUGCUCUGUGUCCAUUCAAAAUUUCCAGCCUGCCUCGCUGUCUUUGAAGGAAAUACCACUGAAUCAAAGCUUUUUACAUGACAAACUCAAUCCUAGAAUAUUUGGUAUCUGCCAGUCAACAUUUACCAUCGUCUCUGGAAGUCAAAUGGGGUGGAUUUGCUUCCCAAUCUGGUGACUGCUGGCUCAAGUGUAAUUUCAUUGAAUAAGGUGUUCAAUAUUUGUAGUGGAGAUGACAGCGCAGUACAAAUAGUAUAUGGCAGGCCACUUAGAUUUAAGCACUUGAAAGAACUUUUUUUUUCAGAAAAUGUGCUUGACUGUUCUAACUCCAAGCUGUUCCCUUGAAUCACAACAACACACUGUAAGCCUAUUGUCCCCUAGUCUCUAGUUUUAAGAGACUAUAUUGUCAAAGAGAUGUUUUCAUCCAUCAGUUAAGUCAACACAAUGGUAACUUCCUCUCAAAAAUCCAAAAAAGAAGUUGCCUACAAUCAGUACUGAUGCGGCAAGUAAUGUAAAAAAAAAAGAAAAUACAGAUUCCUAUUCGAUUCUGAUGUAAGCUCUGACACGUCUGAAUGUCAUUUGCAAAUGUUAAGUUGAAAUACGUCAUAUCAAAUUACAGCGUGCUUGGUGUAAGAGGGGCUUUCAUCUAAAGAGACCAAAUUGCUUUUUUGUUCCAGCUUCUACAGUAUGUCAAAGGAAUUUACAGUGAACAGGUUCUGUAAUGCAAGCACAAGCAAAAACAUGUACUGUACGGUGGUAAGCAAUUAUAACAGCGCAUGUUUGUACAUAGUGUAAAUAAUCAAAUAUCUUCUAGUGCAACAGGGUUAUUUGAAAGAAAAAAAAGUAUAUUGAAUAAUAAACUUUCUGCAUAAACAGUGUGUAAAUGCCCAAACUAUACAGUAUAUUUGCACAGAAUAGGCCUCAACUUGAACAUAUGGGGAGGAUGAUUAAAACUAAUUCUGCUACAGUUGAUUGAGCCAUUUCAUAUUAAGUCAUUUUAAGAGGUAAUGAUAAAUUGGCUGUUUUAAAGCGAGAAGAUAUUCUUAAAAUGCUUUUGUAAAUGUUUAUUUUUUUCUCUCUGUUUACCAAUUCAUGUAGUGUGGUUUACUGUGUUGUGCUUCAUUUUGUGACAAAAAAAACAAAAAAAUAACUUCUUUGUUUACUAAUUUGCCUUUAGUUUCCUCAAAGCAUUGAGUUUUUAUUUCUUGUUUGGAGAGUAUCACUGCUAUUUAAAAAAAAAAA